CGUUUUGGGGCCACCACUCCAAGAGACGCCAGGAUGUCUUCAAGAAUAGUCGUGAAUACACAUCCGCUAUUUCACACACAUCCGGAACACGUGACAACGGAUGGACUCACAUGCACUUGGCGCUACAGUAGGAAAUAAUAAGACUAGGAUGAUGAGCUAUGGAAGGCGACAAUCAUUCUGCUGCGUCUGUGCUUGGCUCUGGUCAUUGAGCAAACUCAAUGCCAGGUUCGUAGCCCUCACCACGUACAAGUGCACAGUCCGACUUCGAGGGCCGCCUAUUCAACCAAUAAGAGUACCCAGUUUUCUAGACUUACCCGAUUUUCCAAGCACCACCCCAGUUUUGCGCAGGACCAUAUCGGGUGAACGCGCAGGAAGUGUGCGGCUGCAUCGAUAUGCCAUGGACCUUCAGGCCUGUCGUGGAGAGCAAGCUCCCCACAUAUCUCAGGCAAUAUUACUACAUCAUAAGACGAGUUGGGCGUUACCACCUGUAGGAGGAGCUAGCUUGGGGAUCCGGGGGUGGGCGGCGGGCGAGGACGGAGGGCGAGACGAAGUGAGAGAGAAAGUAAGAGAGUCGACGAACAAGGCGACGACUUAAAUAGACAAAAAUUCUUGACAAAACGCGAGAAGACGCGGGAGCAAACAGACACGAAGGGAUUCGACCGUACGCGAAUCUCAGGUGUAGGUGACAGUGAAAAACUGGUGGAGACUCCAGUUCGCCAUGGUGAUACUACGCUAUAUUCGAAGUUGUCAAAGA